AUGAGUGGUGGAUGUGGAAGGGGAGGUGGAAGUAGUCGUGAUUCGGACGCAUACCGAAACCAAGCUCCCAACAACACUGUGAUGAUUAAGGGCCUGGCAUACCAUAUAACUGAAAAUGAUAUCCGCAAGGACAUCCUUCAGUGCAAUUUAAUGUCAAGGGACAUCCGUCUCAUCCGUAAGAAAGACACUGGUCAGUCACGGGGAUUUGCUUUUGUUGAAUUUAAUACAGUAGCUGAAGCAACCCAAUGGAUGCAACGAAAGGGUGGAACAUUAGUUCUUCAAGACGAGUAUCGAGCAGAAAUGUACUACAGUAUCCCAAAUGACCCACCUGGUUUUGGAGACAGAGGUGCUGUGCAAUUAAAGGACUGGCACUGUGUGAAAUGAGGUGCGAAUAAUUUCAAAAGACGAGAUGCCUGCUUCAAAUGUGGCGCAUCCCGCAAGGAGAGUGAAGAGGGAGGUGAAGGUAGUGAUGAGGUGAGCCCACAUCCAACAAACACAGUGUUGUUACGAAAUCUUGAUGUUUUAUCAACCGAAGAAGCAGUUCUUGGUGCCAUCAAAGGUCUGUCCUCAACAGUAAUUCGGAGUAUCCGGAUGGGGCGUGAUCCAUUAACCAACACAUCAAGAGGUGUAUGCUACAUUGAGCUGAACUCUGUCCUUGAUUCUGUGCAACUUCAUGGUGCUUUACAAGGGCGACUUACGGUGGAUGGUCGAAAAGCUCUUGUUUCGUACUGCAAACUGCCAUCACAACAACAUGAAGACAGGCGGCAGGCACAAGCUGCAGGUCUUGCAGCGUACGGACCUGAGGAUAUCCCCAGAUUAGCUGAGUACAGUGCCUCUAUGUACGCUACUUCACCACAAGAGCACGCAGCUUACGUUGCGUAUUACACUCAGUAUUACGAAGCGCAGGUUGGUGCAGCUUCACAGUCUGCAACUGUAUCAGCACCACCCUCUUCAGUGGCAGGUGGUGCAACUCAGACACAGACUGAUUCAGCAAAUGCUGCAGCAGCUGUCGCUCUUUCUGCAAUACAGCAAGUGCAGGCAGCACGUGAAAUUAAAAAGCAGGUAGAAGGUCCUGUUGGCAAGGCCGAAGGUGGACGUAAAGGUAGUGCUACUGUAGCUAGCUUGGCUGCUGGUACACUACCAACCAGUAUACAAGGGGCACCAGCAAUACCACAUGUGGCUGCAGGUUCAACGACACUCCCACGUUAUGCAGUCCCGGAUGUGGCCACAUAUCGCUAUGAUGAGACUUCUGGUUGUUAUUAUGACUCAUCAACUGGGCUUUAUUAUGAUGCUGGGUCACAGUACUACUAUAACCUGCAAACUCAGCAGUUUCUGUACUGGGAUGCAGAACGGCAGACAUAUGUACCGACUCCAGUGCAGGGUGUAGCAGCUUCAGGUGUUGCUGCAACAGCAGGUGCCACCACGACAGAGGAGUCUGGUGGUGGUGGCAAGGAUGACCCCAACAAAAAGUCAAGGACAACAAACAAGGUGAAAGCAGCAAAGAAAAUAGCAAAAGACAUGGAACGCUGGGCAAAAACCUUAAACCAAAAGAAGGACAAUCCACAAGCAACUGCAGUGGCGACAUCAGCUGUGGCUCUUGGGAAAUCUGUUGGAGCAGCAGAUGCUGGUUAUGCCAUCCUGGAAUGUCUUAUGUCAUGGGAGAAGGGAAUUUCGUGGUUCCCUGUUACUUUUGUACUUACCAUUUGUUGUCAGUGCAGUCAAGAUUGCUCGUCGAUAAAACGAACAAAACAAUGUGUCUAUAAGCUCCUGGGCCAGUCAUGA